CCCCCCCCCUAAUUUUUAAUUUAGUUUUUGGGAAUAACCCAUUUCUUUAAUUCCAAUCACUAUCCUGUUUCAAAACCCUUUGGCUUAGUUGUGUUCUCCCCACAAGAAUUGACAAAAAAAUUAAAAAAAGGACAUCAUUUUGUGCCAGGGAGUUAAAAAUUCCCUGAUGAUGGAAAAUUCUUUGUGAGCUGCAAUAUAAAUACUACCACAUAACUGUGCAAUGCUUAGCAAAUCAUUCAAAGCAUUGCAUCAUUCCACUAGUCCUUUUCCUCUCCACGUUUUUGUUUCGAUAUCGGAUUCUCAGCGAAGAGAUGGAGAACGAAGGACUGGCGUUGGAGGCGACCUGGAGCUCCUUCGAGGAGUCGGAGAUAAUGGCGCAGCUUCUCGGCGGAGCCGUCGCGACCAACUACUUCCCCGGUGAUCAAGAACAAGAGCCCACCAAUGGAAUGCACCUCAUGUUUUGGCCUAACUAUGAUUCUGAUUCCAAUUUCUCCUCUCCCACAGAUGUUAACUACAACUCAUUCCAUUGGCCUCAAUCCAUUUCCACUCCUUGUAUCAGCACAAGCACUGGUAGUUUCCUUCUUUCAAAUCCAUGCUAUGGAGGAGGAUGCUAUUUAGGAGACACCAACUUAGUUCCACACAACACAACUUCAUCUUUCGAUGUAGAUUUUAACCGUCGAUACUGCGACCUUCCUUCGAUGACUGAGGAAGCAUGCGAUGACAAUGAGUUAGGGUUGUCGAUCGCGAACCAAAUGAGGCCCGCUGUUUUUGCUGAUGAGCCCUCGCACGCCGCCAAGCGGAAGUUUGGUUUGGGUGAUAAUGAGAAGCCCAUUGAGGAUGUGAAGGAUGAUGAUACUUCCUCUUUGGUUCCUAGAAAGAAGGCCAGGGUCACUAUGGGGGCGCAGGAAAGGAAUAAGAAUGCAGAUACCAAGAAGCCCCUGAAAAAUGAGGAAAAUGGCAAUGCCGACUUUCAUGGACAGAGCUCGAGUUCGUGCAGCUCGGAGGACGAUUCGAGCGGAUCGCAGGAACAGAUGGAGGGAGGAGGCAACACGAGCUCAAGAUCGAAAAAGUCUGAAACUACUAGCGUUACCGGAAAGACGAGAGCCGGUCGUGGGUCGGCAACCGAUCCUCAAAGCCUUUAUGCAAGGAAGAGGAGAGAGAGGAUCAAUGAGAGAUUGAGGAUCCUACAAAACCUGGUUCCUAAUGGAACAAAAGUUGAUAUUAGCACAAUGCUUGAAGAAGCUGUUCAGUAUGUCAAAUUCUUGCAGCUUCAAAUCAAGCUUUUGAGUUCAGAUGAAUUGUGGAUGUAUGCACCUCUUGCUUACAAUGGAAUAUGCAUAAGCCCUGAUCUCAAGAUCUCUCCCCCACAACUCUAAUUUGAAAAGGGGGUUGACUCAGAGAUCAUAUUCCACACCCAAAGGGAAAUCUGUCGAAAUUACGAUUCAUACCAUCUUCAAUUUGUACUUAAAUUUUUUAAAUUUUUAUGACUUUUCCUAAUAAGUCAUCUGAGGAAUUAAUCAAACUCUAAUUCGAUUCAAGCUGUAAUGAAAGUCUUUUUUCUUUACCUUGGAACAGUGUAAAGGAUGUAAUUAAAUGAGAAGGUAAAGUUCAUAAAA